UCUUCCAGUAAGACCAUGAAAUGGUUCAGCAAACACUUCACCACCAUUCUUCCUUGGCCCGCCAACUCUCCUGACCUCUUCCCCAUCGAGAAUGCUUGGUAUGAAAUGCAGUGCCAUAUCUGCCUACAAAACCCAAAUCUUCUCAAUUCCAAUCAGUAUUUUGAUGCUAUCAAGGCUGAAUGA